CAUUUGACACCCGAUUGGACGGCCAGAAACGCAAGCCCGCCGUGUAUGGCCAUGGUUCUCCUCCCUUCGCUUGGAGUUCCCGACCGGGCGAAGCCGAACCGCCGACUGGCUUCCGACUGACCCACCUUCCAUCGAGGCAUCAACCCAUCUAGGAGCGCCGUCUUCUGCUUGCUAGGGUCUUUUGCACUUCGGAAUUCGUUGUCGACGGUGAGCUCGUAGGCACUGUCGGCGGCGGCGGCGGCGGCAGCGAUGGACUGGAGUUCUGUGACGGCGGAGGACCUCGUGGACGCGCUGCGAGAGGUGGACUGGUCAACACCGCCGCGCCCCGUCUCCGAAUUCUUCUCCCGCUUCACCGCUCCCCGAUCCUACUCCAAGUGGACCAGCCGUCUCAAGUGCAACCUCUACUAUUAUGUUGAUGGACAAUUAGAAGUCGUUCUUAACCAUACCACGAGAUACGUGGAGGCGGCUUGGGAAUUUGCCAGUCUAGUUUUAAUCUUCUUUCCACCCUUGCCUGUUUGCAGCUAUCGGACCAACUACUUCAUCUUGAUAAUAUUCCUUCUUGGAAUGGGCUUUCUUAGAAAGCCAGUUGCCAUCCUUGCAGCUCUAGCAACUGGCCUCAGCAUUGCGUUUCUGAAUGACAGUUUUGCAGUUACUUUCAAUGAGAAAAUCACAAGGAGUGUCAGACAAUUUUCACCACACUUAGCCGCAAAGAUGAGGCCACCCAUAACGCCUGUCAUUCGAGGGCGACCAAGUAAAAGAAGAUCAAUUCAUAUAUGUGGCCGACCUCGCUGGAUCUUUGUCCUGUUGUUUUCUGCAGUUAGUUGUGUGCUCUGGUUGACCUCCUGCAGCCUCCUCACAGUUCUGUGGGCACUACUUAUUGGUCUACUUGCAACCUUGCUACAUGCCAGCUUCAGAACACCUAAUCUGAAGGCACGUCUGAACACAUUCAGGGAGGAAUUUCGAGCAGUAUGGCGGAACUACAGUGAGCUGUAAAUGUCUGGUUUGCCCAUGUUUUCGUCACAAGAGAAUGAUCAGCCAAGUUCCAAAACUUGAUUGUUGUUUGUGGGCCUCGAGAGAAAUUUCACCAAGGUCACUUUUGGUUUUCCAUUGGAUUGCCCACAUUUAUAUAUAAUAUCAUUAGAUGGUGAAUUGGUGAUAUAUCUCAGUGCCCACCCCCUAGAUAAGCAUCUCUAUAAUUUGAUAUUCAUUUCUAGAUUUUGGGGAAAACCUCAGAAACUCCUGCUACGUUACCUCACUUGAGAGUUGGACGACAAAUUAUGGCAUACAUUGGGCAAAAGGAAAAGAGAACCCCGAGCUUUGUUACUGGUGUUUGGUUUACCCUUUGGCUCUAUGGGUUAUGACAAUGUUUGCAGACUGGAUGUAAGCCGGUUCGUGUUUACCGACGGCAUUUGUAAGAAGUUGCUAUGUGAAUUUGGUUGUAAGAGCCAUCAUAUUUUACCAGCGACCUUUACAGACUUUUAUUUAUUUUUUUAUAAUAUUUCGAAACAUUAUCGCCAUA